AUGAUUCAUUGGCCAAACAUUUUGGCAUCACUUCGCAAAGUCUACAAUCAAUAUAUUCAAAAGAAUCCCCGAUUUACCAGAAUCAUGAAUAUUUUAUGGUACGCCGUGAUGAUUAUUGGGCUACUGCCUCUCUUGCUAGUAAUUUUCAAAAGAAAAGAUCCAUCUGAAGAUUCACAACGAAAUACAGGACAAUCCACGCAACAACAACAGAAUCGAUUUGGUUCAUCGAGCAGUGCUGGUAAAUCAUCGGGGUUAUUUGGAAAAGUCUGCCUCAAUGCAAAGGCUUUCUUGUUGGAUCAAGAAUUGUACGAAAAUAAUUCAUCGUCGAAAAUUCAACGAGAGGAAAACAUUAUGGAAAUUACAUCAUCGACCACAACGCCGGAGAAUGAUUAUGCUAAUGAUGAGCGUAUGAAAUAUCUAAAAAAGUUGGCCAAUGAUUGUGACGUUUAUAUUAUUGUACAAGUCGCAUCAGAUGAGGAACAAAAUUACUAUCAAGAUUUGUUGGAGAGCAAGUAUGGAUUUUUCAACCCUGUGAAAAUUCUAUUUUGUGAAACAGUGAAAGGAAAAAUUGCAUUUUCACGUCAAAUUAAUCCACAACUUGUCAUUGAAGUUGACAAGGAGACAACACGAGAAUUGAAGCGAUUCUAUGAGGGCGUUUGCAUGGUUCAAAAGAAUGCCAAAAACACCAAGAAUGAGCACGACAUUUUGGAAUUUUCAAACUUUUUGGAUCUGAUGAAGUAUUUGACAAAGGCUUAA